UCCCAGCUUUCCGGCAGUAGCCCCCUUUUGCAAACUUCGUCUUCCGUACGUAGCGAUCGUGCAAGAACAGAACGAGUAUUAAAAGAACAAGGCAUCCAAUUACAUCCCGGCUAGCGGUACCCUGCGUUACAGCAACGCUAAAUCCGCACCGGUGCCGCCGUAAUCCGCGGACGAACGGCGUGCAGACGCCGGGUGGGGGAUCGGACUGAGAGGUGGAGCAAACGCUGCCCCACCAUGUCUCCUGCCGUGUCCCUUCUCCUGCUUUGUUUGCUGGGGCUGCUGCUUCCUCUGCCCAGGCUUGUCACCCCCGAAGACCUUGGAAAGCCUGGCACCGGGCCGCCGGUCUGUGUCACCAUGCAGGGGCCAAGCUGGAGCCUCGGACUGCGCCUGUACCGGACCCUUCGCACCGGCGGCACCCACAACCCCCUCUUCUCCCCUGUUCUGCUUGCCAGCUCACUGGCAGCCUUGGGCAGGGGUGCGGGGACACACACCGCAGCACAGAUCUUUGAGGUCCUAGGCACCGGCACACCACCCCCUUUGAGCCAGGAGGAGGCGCUGUCCUCCCUGUAUGGAGCCAAUGGGACCAGCUUCAGGCUGCACAGUGCGUCAGCCGUGUUCACCGGGCUACCGGCAAUCCUGGAUGCCAGCUUCCUGAAGGAGGCACAGACACGGUCGCGGCUGGGGCACGCGGAUCUGCGCUGGACGGGGGGGCGGCCCGACCCCGAGGCGCUGCACGCCUGGGCCAGGGCGGUGGCGGGUGGCAGCGAGGUGGCACAGCUCAGCAGGGAGCUGCAGGCCAAAGAGGCAGCUUUAAUCCUCACAGACGCCCUGCGCUUUAAAGCUGAGGGGGGGUCAUGUGACCUGGCAGCGUUCUGCAGAAGGGCCAGUACGCGCCUCCUUAAGUCAGCUGGCACUUGUCUAGGGGGGAUUCUGGACAAGAUGGCUUCCUCUGAGUCACCGUCCCCAUUUUCUGCCCAGAAACACCUGACUGCGCUGGGUCUGACCGAGGCCUGGGAUGAGCGGAAGGCCGACUUCUCCGGGGCGGCGGGCCAGGCGCUGGGGCAGGGGCGGCCUCACCUGGGUGCCGUCCUGCACUGGGCCUCCCUGGAGCUGAGCCCCGAGGCAGGUUCGGGGGACGGAGAGGUGCAGGACGAGGACGUGACCAAGCCGAAGCUGUUCUAUGCAGACCACCCGUUCGUUGUCAUGGUGAAGGAUAACACCACAGGGGCGUUACUGCUAAUGGGGGCCCUCGACCAUGUGGGGGGGUCCGCCGUACACGACGAGCUCUAGACAUCCCACCCCCCCUGCAUGUCCUGCCUCUAAUGGAGACUGAGUGAUGUCGAUAAAGGUUUCAUGCAAAAUGAUUGUGUCACGUGGCCCCUCCCCAGACACCAGGGGGACAGAGGAUAGGGGCUCCCUGCCGACGGCGCAUGUUUGAUAUGAAUUAAUGGGACGUUUGUAUGGCGUGGACAGGCAUCCUCACGGCAGUGCUGAUGCUUUACGAAUAAGCCGAGCACAUCGUUACUGAAGGAGCUUCCCUGCCCUGAUAAAUAGUCACGGCCUGUGACCCUGUGCUCUCUACUGGUAGGUUAUUGAUGGGAAUGUGUAUUAUUCCCGUAUUAUUGUGUAUUAAUGACCCGCAUCGCCUGCCGACAUUGUAGCCUGUCUGCAGUCCCCCCUUUCCCUCCUUAAUCUCGACGAGAAGCAAGGGGGCUGUCAGCAAUCAGCGCGGCGUUCCUGCUCCACGCCACGGCCAAUCACGAGCCAUUGUUCUGUGUCCUUAGCUGUUUCUCGAGAGCCGUUGGUGAAUGCCGCCCAGGCGUCAGGCCACAGCCGGCGAUGGAGAAGACAAUCCUGCAGCUGAUUACUGUGAAAUAAACUAAUAACAGCU